CGAUGCAAACCCCGCCCACCGGGAUAGGCCCAGCUUUAGAGACGGGCCUCAGGGCCUCAGGUCGAGGGGACAGAGACCCGGAGACGGAGAGAAACCCGGCCCCACCCCCGGGGAGAGGGAAAAGCAGCAAAAUCACAGCCUCGGAGCCGGAGCCAGCACAGUAAUUAACCACUCAAUUACUAGAACCGAUAAAUCUACAGCAACUAAUCAUUUAACCACAGUAACCUAUCUUUUAGCUACAAAUAACUAAUUAAACUGCUAUAACUAAUCGUUCAGCCACAGGAAAUCAUCAUUAAACUACUUUAACGUAUCUUUUAACCACCAAAACUAUUUAAACUGCUGUACUCAUCAUUAAACUACAGGAGAUAAUCAUUAGACUACAGUAACCUGUCUUUAAACUACAAUAACUAAUUAAACUGCUAUAACUGAUCGUUAAGCUACAGGAACUGAUCAUUGAACUUUAAUAGGUAAUCGCUAAACUACUGGAACUGAUCAAAUACAGGGCUUCAAUAUUAAGCUGCUAAAAUUUCUCACUAAGCUAUUGGAGUUAAACUACUGUAACUAAUCGAACUACAGAAAUCAAGCUAUUAGAACUGAUUAAGUUAUAGGAACUGUUCACUAAACUACUGGAAUUAAUUAAAUUACUAUAACUAAUCAUUAAACUUGUUAAACUACUGGAACUGAUCAUUAAAACUAGUUGAAUUGAUCAAACAGCAGUAAGUAAUCCAUAAUUCAGAGUAGUUAAACUGCAAUAACUGAUCAAACAACAGUAACUAAUAUGUAAACUGUGAUAAUUGAUCAUUAAAUGCCAGUAACCGCUGAGCAGCUAAUCAAUAAUCUGCAGCAGCUCAUCAUUGAAAUACAGGAAUUAACAUAUAACUAGUGAAACUAACUAAUAAUAAAUUGUAGAGAUUAUUCCAAUCAUAGCAACUAACAAAGCUGCAGGAACCAACUGAUGUGUAGUAACGGAUCAAGAAACUGCUUACUAACCUUAGUAAUUCAAGUUGAACAAUGAAAGACCUGGUAACUGAACAAGUGAUAGAUUACUGCAUAGUUAAAUUUAUCUGGUAAAAUAUUCCUGUGAAACACGGUGAACAAAACUACUGACCGAGUCUCAAAUCGGGUUAGUGACUCCAGUAACUGUUAGGACUGUGAGAUCAGGGAGAUAGCAGGUCCUGUGAAGCUGGAGCAGACUAGCUGAACGACUUGGAGCUGAAGCCUAACCUGACAGGCAGUGAAACGAUGAGCACGCAGUGAACGCCGAGAUUCCUGCCGGUUUGUUGGUGGUCAGCAGGACUUGAUGGAGAACAGAUAGAAAAUGGAGGAUGGGGAGAUGGGAAUGAAUCGAGUCCAAGAUGUUUGUCAAACAUUCCAGAUUCUAGAAGAUCAAAAGGUUGCCCAUGUACUGCAGGAAGAAGAGAUCCAGCAGCAUUUCUCUGCCAACAAGCUGAAGAGCCAGCAAGUUCGCCAAAACCUCCAGGUGGCAAGGAGACUGCAGGGGGAGGAGGAUGAGAAGAGAAGGCAGCUCACCCAGAGACUUCGCAAACACAUUAAGGACGUCGGGAGUGAUUACGCUCGGACCAUCCAAGAGGAACAAGACCGGGAAGAAGACAACAGCCGUCAGCGGCGAAGGUAUAAAGAGGCGAGCAGCAGGUUGAGGUGGUUUGCAAGAGAGGUGGGAGAACAUCAUGAUGUGGAGCAGAGGACAGAUUGUGUGAUGGGGCAGGGUGAUGAAGUUUCACCGGAUCCCUGGGAUCUCCCCUCACGGCAGGAAUCUCCUCACUACGGCCAACCCAGGUCUCGCCAGCCCUUCAUCCUGAGCGGGCCGGAGGAGGGCGCUGGCUGGGACGAGAGGCAGAGAGAUGGAAAGCAUCGGCGCCGCAAUGCUGGAACAGAACCAGGAGCAGCCGAGGCUGUCCACAACAGAGCUGCUCGAGGCCUGGUCAUCAAACACCCGCCCACGGAGCGACUGGGAAUUUCUCCCUCUCCGGUUCACGGCGUUCCUCGUGGCAAACGGGCAGUCGGGGUGAAGCAGACCCCCACGGAAGGUUCCCCUCGCACUUUCCCCACCGGGUCAAAGCCCCAACUUGAGAGGCCCAGGCCUUGGCCUGAAGGGAGGCAGAACGCCGGAGGCGGCAAAGAAAGGGAUGGGCAAAGGCGGCGGGAUUGUCCAUCGGAUUGGAGUUAUACUGAGGACAGUGAGCGUCCUUCGUCGAAGCCGACGAUCACUGGCGGAAACCCCCCCGGCUGUCAAGUUGAGGGACCUGAUCGCUCCAGGUUCUCUCCCGGCUCCCGAUCCGGACUUGUCGACGGAGAGGGCCUCGACGUCACUCGACGGAGCACCUCUGACUCGGAGUCGCACUCGAGACGCCGGAAACGCCAGCGUGACCCCGGGGAACUCCGCCUCCGGGCCAGAUCCGAGGUCAGCCAUUGGGUCGGACAGAACGGCGAAGGGCCAGCUCGGCCGAAGCCCCAGCGCGGAAAUGGCCAGGAGGCCAUCAGACGCAAACCCAGAGGCCAGGGGGAUCCCAGGCCGACGGCAGACCCCCAAGGAGAUCGUCACAGCCGAUUGGAUGUUGAGCGAAGAGCCAAUCAUCUCCACCAUCCACUGGAUCCCACAGAGAGGCUGAAACAGGAGGAGAGACCAGAUGAAGAGAGAGGGCAUCACCCAUUGGCUGUUAAAGAGAAGAAGCAAACCCAUCACCCAUUGGUCGUUGGUGAAAAGCAAGCUCGCCAACUAUUGGCUGUCAAUCAGACGCAUGCCACUCGCUCAUUGGUCGGCAGUGAAAGGCCCACCCAUUACCCACUACGCACCAAGGCAAAAGUAAAGCAAGUCCAUUUCCUAUUGGACCCUGAAGAGAAGAUGAAGCCUGCCCAUUGGUCAGAGACCAGCAAACAGAAGCAAGUGCAACAUCCAUUGGAGCUGAAGGAAAAGGAAGUUCGUUCCCCAAUGUUGGGCAGGCAGAAGCAUGUCCAUUCUCCAUUGGCUGUUGAAGGGAAGGGAAGGCAAGUCCAAAUUCCAUUGGCUGUCAGGGGAAAGGAUGUCCAAUCCCCAUUGGCUGGCAAAAGAAAUGCCAUCCAGUACCGAUUGGGCGCCAAAGACACGGACACGAUUAUUGAUUACCUACAGGAUAAACGGAAAGGAAAGGACUCCUCGCCUCCAAAACACCUCAGCAAACCAUCCCUGAAUUUCAAAGGGAGCUCUCCAGACACGGACCGAGGUAAACCUGUGAAAGCUUCUUCAAGCAGCCGAAAGUUGUUACCCUCCCUGCCAGCUGGUGACAUUCGGGAGGAUGGCACCUUGCCACCUCAUCUGCUCGCGGAGAAAGACUCCAUCAGGAAUCCCAGCAGCGAUCGGCCCAAGGCAUCGCCUGCUCACUCGGGCAGCUCUUGCUGGAGAGAUGAACCUUCGCUGAGGGCUACAAAUGGACAGGAGAAUGUUUUGCUGCUUUUUGGAAAGGAAGUGAAUCACAGGAAUUUGCGGAGCAGCCAGUGGAAAGAACCUAACUGGGUCAGAGCUCAUGAAGACAGAAUCAAGGAUAGAUCAGGAAGAAGCAAAGCUGAUCACAGUCAAACACCCUCCCCAUUAAACUGGCAAGAGAACAGGCUCCAUGAAGUAACAGGUGAACAGGGAGUUUCUGAAACCGGGAAGAAAUUUGCCAGUGAGAAGUCCAGGAACCUGAGGAAUGGAGUCAGCAGUCACUCAUGGUGCAGCGAUGAAGUACUGAAAGACCUCCAAGCGAUGGAACUGAGAAAAGCUCGACACCAAAAGGCAAAGAGAGAUGAGAGACUGGCUCAGAUCGUCCAGGAUGAGAAAGCUCGACACCAAAAGGCAAAGAGAGAUGAGAGACUGGCUCAGAUCGUCCAGGAUGAGGAAUUCGCCCUGCACCUGUUGAGGAAGGAGAUGACGGCACUGAGAAUGAGUGAAGGACAGAAGCAGCCGGAAUCAUCCCAGAAAAGAGUGGAUAGGAAGAAUGAGAAGUCUCUGAGGAGCUGCAGCCCCUGCUCGGUCAGUGUGGACUGGGAUGAAGAAGUAAAAAUGCCAAAGCCGGCUUACUUCUAAAACAGUCACAGAAUACGUUGUGAUAUACGUUGGCAGGACCUACUGCUCCAUGACAGAUCGGAGGAAAGGCGAUUGGCCACGGCGUUGUGAAUCAGCCGGCUCUCCCGGAGACACGAGUUGCAGGAAGGAGCAGCAGCAAGUUUCCCAUCGAGUUUUUUUUUUAUAACAGAGUUCUAUAUAUUUGUUAUUUAACAAGUACAUGUACAGAAUCAGAGCCUGUAUAUUUUUAUUGUGGAGAAUUAAAUUAAUUUUUUGUACAACUUUAUGGGUGGGGGGGGUGCAGGGGUUGGCCUAACAGUUGAAAUAAAGCACACCGAUUUCUGUUGCACUGAU